AAAGGCCGGAAAUGACGCGAUGUUAGAAAGGAAACCAGUAGAAUGUAUUCCCUGGAGGCUGUGAUUGGUUGUGCUGGAGUGCGGCACUGGUGCAGCUGUUUCACUUCAGCACAGCCUAUAAAUAUUAACUAAUGUGAAGAUGAAACGCAAAGUUGCAAAUACCGGCGUCAUAAGACUUAGCCCCAAUGAAGAAGCCUUGCUGCUAAAGCAGGAACGUGAAAGAAGGCGCAAACUCCGCUUACAACAGGUUAGAGAACAGGAGAAGUUCAUUGCCCUGCAAAUCCGUCACAAUGUUAAAGAAAGGAGGGAACAGGAGCUUCAGAAUUUGGCAGAGGAGCUGCGCUUGGAGUGGCAGGCAUCGCAGGCUGAGAAGCUCCGAGCCCUGGAGAAGCUUUAUGUGUCCAGUCUAAGUGCGAUUGGAGAGGGGCACAGGCAAGCCAAGGAAAAUGAACCGGACCUUCAAGCCGUUGAGAGGCAAGCGGCAGCCAAUAGACAGAAAGCAGAGAAGCGGCACAGAGAAGCUCUCAGGGAAUUAAAGCAGCACAAAGAAAAACAAUUGAGAGAGCAAACCUGGCUUUUGAAAGCCCGCAGGAAAGCGCUUAUUACUGAGAAGGAGCGUGCUGCAAAGAUAGCAAGCCUUCCUCCCCCACCCCCAGACCCUCUAGAGAAUAUUGAGGUUUUGCGAAGGUUCCCAACCGUGAAGCUGUGCAAUGUUGAUGGCUUCUCUGUAUCUCAUUAUCAUCUGCCUGAACCAUACGUAGACCGAGAGACGGAUACGGAACAGCCAGAUGCUCGGGUUGCCGCUGAAGAGGAAGCAAAGCGUUUGGAUGCCUUACAGAAAGAGGAAGAGAGAGAAAGGAGGGAAAGGAUGGAGAAGGCUCACUUACGGGGAUCCCAUGCCUUGAAAAAGGUUCUUUUAACCCAAGACCGGGACAAACUGCUGAAAGAACUGGAACAGAUGCAGCAAGAGGAUUUGGCUCAGAGGAGGCAGGUUGUCGCCCAGAUGCCUCAGCAGCUAUUUGAACCGGCCUAUAGGCGAGAAGAGAUACAGGAGGAGUGGCAGAGGGAACUGGAGGUUGCUUUUGAAGACAUGUACACUGGAGAAAGAAGGGUUAGAGGGGACAUGGUUUUGCACCUCAAGCCACAGCCCUUACCAGUUCCAUCUGCUGAAAGUUUUGAUGAUGACCUGGACCUGUCUGUGGAUCCAGAGCCCGUGUGUGAAACCCAGCCACAAACUGAUGCUGUUGAGGAACCAAGUCACAUUGAGAAAACGGAUGACAAAAGCCGCGAGCCACAAUCGAGAAUUGUUUUUAAGAGACUGUUGAAUAAAAUACGAAGCCAGCAGGAUCAGUGGAGCGCCAAAAGUGAUGUGGAGACGCAGAGCGACACUGUGGAAUCGGGAUCUCUGCCUAAUGAAAUACAUACAAUCCAUGCAGAACUCCAUGAGGCAAGGAAGCCUGCGCCUGAGGGCAUUCAGAACAUGAGUGAUAGUACCAUUCUAGCUGGUAAUGCAGUUCCUCGUCAUGCAACGGAGCCAGGAACACCAACAAAACAGGCCUCUGAUUGGAACAAGCAGGAUUUAGAGAGGCAGAAACAGGAGCAGCUGGAUUUGCUGAACAGACUAGAAGAGGAGAAAAAACGCUUAGAAGCCGAAUACUUGAGGGUUCAACUCCAGAUGCAAAAAUCAAAGCAAGAAGGAAUGGAACCUCCAGAGGAGGAGGAGGAGGAAGAGGCAGCUGUAAUUCCUCCUGCAGUGACUGAACCCAAAACCAUGGAAGAGCCCAAACCUGCGGAACCUCCAGGUUUAAGCCUAAAUGUUUCCACCGAGAGCCCGCACAUUCAGAUAAUUCGACAGUACCAGCAACGUCUAAUUGAGCAAAACAGACAACACAAGCAGUCGGUAGAAGAGGCGAGACAACGUUUGCAAGAAUACCAGCAAUUGCUGAAAAAACGCUAUUCGCAUUUGUCUGCCUCGAGGCUGCAGCCUGCAGCCAAGGAACCCGUUAGUUUCGCUAUAAAGCCCGGUCUCGCACAGAAACCUGCACAGCACUUGGAAGACAUUGGCGGUGCUUCAGACUCCCAUGUUAGAGUAACCUCUUACCCUGGGGAGAGUCUAGCAGGGCACCUUGUAUCUCUGGGUAGCUCUUUAAUAUCUGCAGUGCCGGUUUCUGGACAAAACUUAUUUGCACCUUCACCAGUAAGCAGAACAGCAGAGUUUGGACAGUCGGGAAGCAGUCCCCUCCCUCAUUCUACAGAGCAAGAUAACUUUAUUCCAUACUCUUCUGGGACUAUUCCAACACAACAACAAUAUGGAGGGGCAGAAAGCAUGACCGGAAAAGACAUUGCUGCGAACGGCAUUAAAAGUCCUAAAAGAGCAACACCGUUGGGAAAUUUUAUUUUGGAAGUGGCAGCUCCCAGGCUAGAACAAUACACUUCUUCGCCCGAAGAAGACUCCAUCAGUCCUCCAUAUUCUAUGUACGAUCUGGAAAAGCAGUCCUCCACAUCAAGCAAAGGUGAUUAUGAUACGGCCUCUGAUAGUUUCUACGCCCUUCCUUCUUCCUUGUCUUUGGGUCUGCCACAGAAUAUAGAGAAUAUAGAGCAAGAACCUCAUGUUCAAAAAGUGGAUAGUGUUCCAUUCGGAGAGUUCUCUAAUGUGCACGAGUUCCGCAAGGGGCUGAUCUCUUCAACGGCCAAGAUGCAAGCUCAGCAGACUCAGCUUAGGGAUAUGCAGCUGCAGCUGGAGAUGCAGAGGGAGUCCCUCUUGUCUAAACAGAAAUCCCAAGAAGAAGGUCUGUUACAGAAACAGAAAGAGCUGGAAGAUCAAAUGCGCAAGCACCAAGAGUCGUUGGAACAUUUCCUGGCCAACAAGGAGUCUGCACAAGGGGCGUUACCUCCUGAUCUCUGUCAGAUUUCAAAUAACGAACGUCUUCGCCUUAUGUCUGCGCUGCUGAAAGCACUGGGUGACGGUAAACAAGAGAACCUCAGUCUGGGAAAUGGUAGUAGCCUUAGAGCUGCUGGGAGAGAACUGAAAGGGAGACCGUCUAAACCUCCGGUUACAAAAACCAAAUUGGGUCCAUCGUUGGAACAACAUGAGCUCAGUGCUAUUCUGGAAGUGGAAACGCCAAGUGGCAGGCCUUCUAGUACUGGGCCGCCGGAACACAAGAACAGCAGCUCAGGCCGACAGGAUGGUGCUGAGGGUGGGAACUCGUCUGUGCCCCCUGCUUGCAUGCAAGAAAACAGCAGACUGAGGGAAGCCGGUAACUAUUCUCUCGGAGAUCCGGAUCUUUCCAGAACAUCGACGAGCAGCAAUGAAAGCAAUAGGAGCCAGACUAAGUUAUCUUGGAGACAGAUGUUGUCUCUAGCAGCUGCUUCAUCCCAUAACUUGACUCUCCCAGAUCAAUCCUGGAGCUCUUCAGUGCACUCAGGCCUUUCUCCUCAUCCUGCUGGUACCAAAACAGCAUUCCACUUUCAGCAACCUGCCCAGGAGAGAUCCGAUUGGCUGGGGGCAGCUGAGCUGGGAAAAACAGGCAUUGGAUACAGUGCUCAAACGCAGGCCCGGGAAGCUUUCAGCGAUCACUUGUCAACAACCACAAUCUCUACGGGAAGUUUUCUGACCAGCGAGAAGGCCGAUUCAAGCAUUAGCAACUUAGAGACUAUUUCAGACCUUCACAAAUGCAACUUCUCCAUUAUCAAUGGCGCGGAACACGGCAACUGGAGUACCUCAGUCAACGGGGUUCCACAGCCGACUAGAAGGGAUGAGUUCCCGAGCCCGGAAUAUUUGUCGACUGCACCGGAUCAGCGCAGCCACAUUCAGCAGAUCAUUGAUAAAUACACCAGGGAUCUCAGUGCUUCCCUAGAGAGAAAUCUAAGCUUUCAUACUCCUACUGCUGCUCUAGAUGUAUCUGGGAAUGACAAUCACCUGCCCUCGGGUUUCUAUGCCCUGGAACCGAAACCUGACUUCAAUGUCUCUACAACUUCCCAUUCACAAUUAAACAACACCGGCAGCUCUCAAGAGUCAAAGAACACAAGCCAGAGCUCGUUUUACCCAAGCAGCAAAGAGUGGUCUUCAGAACAAUCUCAUAGCUUCCAGUAUCCAGACAGCAGCCAUAGUCCGAUGUCUUCCCCUGGCAUAACUAGUGCGCAGCACGUGGAUGUGGAAAUCACCCCUCAUGUUCGUGGGGAUCAAACUCUAGGUUCCUCUGGAUCGUUCCACCCUCUGCACCCAGAAUGCACCCUUAAUGAGCCACCGCUGAGCAGCCCAGGUCUCUGCGGAUGCAGCAGUGCAGUUGAUGAUCUGGGAAAUGGAAGCAUGAAGGCAUCUAAACAACAUGCCUUACAAUCAUCCAGUGUUGACUCUGGCAAUUGGAACACAAACAGCAGCCCUGGUGCCUUUCAGCCUUCCGUGGAACCUCUCCGGGCCGAUAGCCACACCUUGCUGGAGGAUCUGGGCUCUUUUCAUGAGCUGAUGGCCACAGAAACGACGGCUAAUGAAUCUGAGCUGUCUGAGCACCCACUCACAGCUGUCGGCAAAACCAAACAUGGCGACUCUCAGCAGCUUCAUGAAUUGCCUGUAUUGUACGAAGCACUCGAACCGGCAGAAAUAGAGGCAUCUGUAGGGGACUAUCCAGGCCUGGGCUCCGUGCCACAGCAUUCCAACGGUGAUGAAGGGGCAGAAGUGGAGUCUUCAUCUCUGACCUUGAAAAGCGACACACUUACUGAGGCAGAAUCCAGCGUACACCCAGAUAGUUCAUCUGCCAUCAGCUCUUCUGCAUUCUCUUUGGGCAGCUUUUCUCUUCUCAGGGACACACACAAUGCCCGAGGCAUCAUGGAAGAACCUGAGUUAUCGCUAGUGAGUUUCCCUGACAGCAGCUUUGCUGGUUCAGAGCACGUUACCACCUUGACUAGCAUGUCGGAUCACCACGUGGACCCAAGCUUUGCAGAGGGUUGCUUUCAUCCCCUACCAGCUGAAGUGGACCACUCCAUGUUUAACAUGCCAGACUGGUCAGCAGCGGGACCAAGCUUUACUGACCAAUCUACACCACAGCACUUUGCAGCACUUGAUUGGACAUCCCCUGUGAGCCUGCAGGAAGCCUUAUUAAAGAAGAAAAAACAUUUUAUCGAAAGCUCUUCAAAACGAGUUGAACAAAUCAAGCAGAAAGCUGCGGCAGUCGGAAACCCUGUAUUUAACUCCACGCCGAAUGUUGGAGUCAGCGCGCAGGAGGAGGCGUCUGCCUGUGACGAAGCUUCAGCAAGUGACAGCAGCACCCUGAAGAAGGUUGUAGAAGUUCGUGUGUGUACCCCGGAGGAGCGCAAGCUGUCGGAGAUAGAGAUGCACCAGAGGACUAUAAGGUUGUACAACCAGCUCGACGAAGUUAAAACCAAAAAAGAGGAGAAGAUGAGAAAGGAGUCCUAUGCCAGAAACAGAGAGAAGGCUAACGAGUUUAAGAAGAAAACUCUGGAAAAGCUGAGAUCCAGGAGGAAAUAACUUGGAAAGAACAGACUGCGCCACCUUUGCACGGGGGGUUCAAAAAGACACUGUUUGAAAAAAAAUCUUUGAACCACUAAUUUGUGUGAGAGAAGAAAUGGCUCUUGGCAUCCAAGACUAAGAAUUGACAUUUUUUUUGUUUUUAGGUUUGUUCUAAUGUCUCUAACUAAAUCUCCCCCUCCGCUAUUGUUUUGCACUAAGACUUUCGGCAAUAUAGAAGCUGUGAAAUAGAAAGGAAACACUUACUAUACUUUAUAUUUUAGGGAGGGGAUCUAAAGCCAAAAUGUUUUGUUUUUUUUGAGAAAAAGUAAACUCUUAGUACAGAAAAUUGCUGUACAAUUGCUUUUGAGAUAUUAUCAGUAUAAUGAACUAGAGCCAACAGUGCCACCUGCUGGUCAGUUUAGCCACCUACAUACAAUCUGAAAAUGAAUUUUCUGAUAAAAGGAAAGUCCGAUGGUGUUGGGAUUAGAAUUCACCAGAGGAAAAUGCCAGAUUUAUCAUCUUUGGUAACAUAUUCUCAAGAUGUUGUUUUUCUCACAAAAUUAAAUAAAAAGCAGAUGGCACGGUUUCAGAUUCACUAUUUGGCCAGUUUAAAAACUGCUCAUAUCAUGAAAACUAGAGCGAAAAAAACCCCAGUAUAAAUAGCAAAGGGAGAAAGCUGUUGGCCGCAGCCAAUAAAAACUGCACUUUAUUGGCUCAGCUUUAAAAAAAACAUCAGAGCCUUAAAUUGCAAAAGUAUCUAAAAGAGCUCUGAGUCAUUUUAGAUUCAUUUGUGUUGAGGGUUUGUAUCUCCUUUAAGGGCGAAGACACACUGAGCUACUUAGUAGCAGCUGCUUGUCAUCAUUACUAAACACCAAAAAAUCCCCUGCCAUAGACAAUACUGAGAAUUGCCUCUGCUAAAACACACGUAGAGACAAUUAUCGGUAAAUUAUCAGCAUUGUCUGUUUUAGUAGCUGUGACAAGUAGCUGCUACUAGUAGCUCUGUGUGUCUUCACCCUAAAGGGUAAAUAAACCUUAAAUAAAUAAUACUGCUCAGGCUGCUUUUCUUAGCACUUCAACAGCAGCACUGUUCUGUUUGCCUUUUGCAUCUCUCUGUACAGUUACAGGAACUGACCAGCAGGUGGCGCUAUUACAUAACUUCAUUAGAUUGCUCUGGAAUUUUUAAAAAAAAAAUGUAAAUAGAAAAAGUGCUUAGAAAAGCAACCUAAACCUAAUUUUAGAUUAAAUUAAAUUUUUCAAUCCUUGCUUUACACUGCUAAAGUCUUCCAUAUGGCAGAGCAGCGCUCUGUUUUUGAACAAUUUUUGCCGCCUUCUUCUGUUUCCAGCUUUCAAAUGGGGGGGUCACUGACCCCGGCAGCCAAAAACCUAUUGCUCUGUGAGGCUACACCUUUAUUGUUAUUGUUACUUUAUUUAACUUGUUUUCUAUUCAGGUCCUGUCCAACUCGUAUACCAGCCUCUUGUUUAAACUGCUUCCUGGUUGCUAAGGUCAUUUGGACCCUAGCAACUAGAUAGCUGCUGAUGCUCCAAACUGGAGAGCUGCUGAACAAAAAGUGAAAUAACUAAACUGCAAAUAGUAAUAUUCCGAGACAAUUUGCAAUUGGUCUUCAUUUUUUUAUUAUCUGCAUCAUAUAAAAAGAUAAAUUAUUUUUUGCUUAAGAUUCCCCCCCCAGCAUUUAUGUCUGAUAUCCCAGUUAUUUUCCAACUCGUUGAGUUACCCUUGUAACUAAAUAUGUAAUAACAAGCUUGUUAAUAUUAUUUGCUAUAAAUAUUUUAAUUUAUGAAGUUUAUAGGUCAGUUGUACUGGAACUUAUUUUUAUUGCUUUUAUAUGUCUUUUAAAUAAAUAUAAUGUUUCUUCAUUCUA